AGUCAUUAUUUAUGUUCAUAAUAUUAAUAGUAAUAUUAAAGUAUAUUUGAUUUAAAUUCAUCCACAUAGCGUAAACAAAUCAUUAAAAAGCGGAAAUGAGUGGAGCGCACCGAGAAGCCAUUCAGAAGCAAAUCCAUCAAGACUGGGCCAACAGAGAGUACAUUGAAGUAAUUACAGCAAGUAUAAAACGGAUCACGGAUUUUCUUAAUUCUUUCGAUAUGUCCUGUCGCUCGCGCCUAGCGGUGCUUAAUGAAAAGUUAACAACAUUGGAACGCCGUAUAGACUAUUUGGAAGCUUGCGUCACUCAAGGAGAAACAUUAACUUAAACUGUACUUUCAAAUUGAAGUUUCGUAUAAAAUAAAAAAAAUGAAUGUAUACUAUUACAGAUUC